GGUUGGGGGGAAAACCCAGGAAGUGCAGCUCCGGCACUAAUCAAAUCUAAGGCUAAUAAUAAACGUCCUGAGUAAUGAGCAGCUUGGGCCGGAGCAAGCGAGUUGGCUGGAGCCGGGCGGGCCAGUGAGAGUGGAAUCCACAGGGCCUGUGAAUGGGGAUGGCCAUGGAGCCCUGCCCUGAAGAACAGUACUGGGACCCCCUGCUGAACAUCUGCCUCUCCUGCAAACCCAUUUGCAGCCAUCAGAUUCCACGCACCUGUGCAGCAUUCUGCAAGUCCCUCAGUUGCCGCAAGGAGCAAGGCAGGUACUAUGACCAGCUCCUGAGGGAUUGCAUCAGCUGUGCAUCCAUUUGUGGACGUCACCCCAAGCAGUGCACAUACUUCUGUGAGAACAAACUCAGGAGCCAUGUGAACCUCCCACCAGAGCUCAAGAGACAGCGAGCUGGAGAAGCUGAAACCAGGUCAGACGACUUGGGAAGGUACCAGGGAACAGAGCACAGAGGCUCAGAGGCAGGUCCAGGGCUGAAGCUGAGCGCCGACCAGUUGGCCCUGGUCUACAGCACGCUGGGCCUCUGCCUCUGUGCCAUCAUCUGCUGCUUCCUCCUGGCCGUGGCCUGCUUCCUCAAGAGGAGAGGGGACCCGUUCUCCUGCCAGCCCUCCGCGGCACCAUGUCGGACCCAGGCCAAGUCCUCCCAGGGUCACUGUCUGGAAGCUGGAACCGCCGCGGCCGCGUUGCCAGAGCCGGUGGAGACGUGCAGCUUCUGCUUUCCCGAGCGCAGGCAGCCCACCCAGGAGAGCGCGGGCGCGCCCGGGACCCCUGACGCCGCGCCCUCGGGGAGGUGGGGGCGCCUCGGCCGGACCGCAACCGCACAGCCCUGCCUGCGCGCCACAGACGGCGGCCUUGGGGUCCUUUGCGCCCCCGCGGAGGAGGGAGGCCCCGCCGAGUGACGAGUGACGUGGAAGGGUCACCGUUACCUACACACCUGCAGUGAAGUCAUCCGUGCCUGCUGGACACAGCCCCCAAGAACCCUUCUUUAGAAAUAAAACCUUCCCCAGCUGCCCA